GCAUUUGGUUGGGCAUACUUUGAGAAACGGCACAACACAUGGGACCAAUUCUAUGUAUACUGGAUCUGCCCAUUCGUUGGAGCAAUACUGGCUGCAUGGCUUUUCCACAAAACACGCGAACUGACACACUCUCUAUCCGCCACUCCCCCUCCCAAAUCGAACACACACGCACUGUCACUUCCCUUCUUCCCAUCUCUCAUUCCCGUACCAUCAAUCAUCUCCCUCUUCGUCCCCAUCCACGCGCUUCCUUCAAAUCCGAUUCACAUUCAGCACCGGAGUCGCUCCACGUGCUUCGAAGCCGCCCUCCCCAUCCUCCUCCACCGCCCAGAUCCGCUUUCGAUCCUCCUCCUCCGCCGAACUCCUCACCGCUGA